AUGAGAUCGUCUAUACCUGGCAGAGACCGAAACGGGUCGGGUUCGGGUCAAGUUAGCGUUGGACGAAAUAAACCAUUAAGUCGUACAAAACUAAAGUGGAAAUCUGAUAUACCAUUAUCAGAAAAUCAACUACGUCGGAAACGAGAAGAGUUCUGGGAUACAGCUCCUUCUUUCGAGGGAAGAAAAGAAAUUUGGGAUGCUCUCCAUGGUGGCGUUUAUGCAAUCGAACAAAAUGAUUACGAUUUAGCACAAUCAAUUAUCAAUUGUGCAAAUAUAACAUGUUCACUACUCGAUUGUUACGAUGAAUUAGGCACACGCUAUCAAUUACCUGUUUACGUUCUUACUGCACCAACAAAUCUCGUCGAUGAAUCAAGUGAUUCACCCGAAGGAGAAUCAGGUGCAAGCGAAAACGGUCUUGAUCAAGCAACAUCAUCCUCUUCGCCCACAUUAUCACGAAUAACAGGAUUAAAAAAUCCUGUUCUAUGUGAUGUAAUAAAACAUCGUCGAAAAAAAUCAACCGAUGGUAAUGAUUCAUCAGAAUCACGUGUACAAUCACCAUUUACAAUACAAGAUACAACAGUCGCGAAGCCAUCCGAUGCCACUGUACCAAUUAAAUUUCGUUUAUCAAAUGGUAAAGAACAUAAAUUAUCUUGUAAAGCACAGGAAAAGAUGAGAAAUAUUAAACGACGACUAGCAACUCUAGAAAAUAUUGAUGCUAAAUCACAACGUCUAUUUUUUGGUGGAAAACAAUUAAGUGAUCGUACUACAGUCGACGAAGCGAAGUUGCAGAGGAAUUUUGUUGUUCAAGUAGUUAUUACCAGUGCGAAUGAACCUCUAAAUAUGUCACCGUUAUUACCAACAACAAUAACAGCAGCAUCAACUGUAUCCACUUCAUUACUUAAUCAAAAUGAUUAUUCGAAAACGUCCCCUAUCGAAUCAUUUUUACCAUUAAAACCACCAGAAAUCAAUCACUUAACAACUACAACCACACAAUUAAAUAUCGCUGUUGCCGGGCGUAAAGAAGAAUAG